AAAAAAACUAAUUAGGGGUGUUUAGUUCUUUUAAUAUAUGUGCUGUGCUGACUGCGGAGGAGAGGAAGAAAAUGGCAUCGUCAGCCACCACAGACGGCGGCCCAUCGCCACCGCUGAAGGCGGUGCUGGAACGCGUCCAACAGGCAGCGGAGCGGUCAGGGAGGGAUGUGAAGGAGAUCCGGGUGGUGGCUGCGAGCAAGAUGAAGCCAGUAUCUGCCCUCCAACAGGUGUAUGAUGCCGGACAUCGAUGCUUCGGCGAGAACUACGUUCAGGAACUCAUUGAGAAAGUUCCCCAGCUUCCAGAUGAUAUCGAAUGGCAUUUCAUUGGGCACUUGCAGAGUAAUAAAGUUAAGCUUCUUGUUGCUGGUGUUCCCAACCUCGCUUAUGUAGAGACUGUAGAUGACGAGAAGAAAGCAAAUCUUCUUGAUCGUGCUGUAGAAAAAAUUGGCAGGAACCCGUUGAAAGUUUUUGUUGAAGUGAAUACAAGUGGAGAAACAUCAAAAUUUGGUGUUGAGCCAGCUCUUUGUGUAGACCUUUUAAAACAUAUUGUUACAAAAUGCCCAAACCUUGAGUUCUGUGGCCUGAUGACAAUUGGCAUGUUGGACUAUUCAUCCACCCCUGAAAAUUUUAAGACAUUGUCCAAUUGUAGAAGUGAAGCUUGUACGGCACUUGGAAUACCAGAAGAGAAAUGUGAGCUGUCAAUGGGCAUGACUGCAGAUUUUGAGCGAGCUAUCGAGAUGGGAAGUACAACUGUUAGGGUUGGAACUGCCAUAUUUGGACCCAGAGAUUAUCCACUGAGAGAAGAGGAGUAGCUUUCCUCAUUUUGUAUCUUGUUUGUGAUUGUAUUAUGGUGCUUAGAUUCACAUGUCAAAGCCAUAGAGCAGCAUGAACAGAUCAUUUAAACUGGAAAUAAAUAUUCAUGAGCUCCAGAGAGAGCUUUGUAUUCAGAAUAAAUGAAUAAUCUUCGAGACUGGACGAUUGAUGCAUUGUUGCUUUCUGUCAAAUGUAAAAUCAAACGUAUUCAAUUGAAGCCUAACCAGUAUUAUCUUUGGAAA